AUGUGCGUCACUGGUCUUGAUGGUGACUCCUUGGCAACUUUUGAAGAUGAUCCGCUACAAGAGGAAACUGUGGAACUCGUCCCACUUGAUCUGACAUUUUCAUUAUGCACCUGCUUGAAUGGCCAUAUUCAAAUCGAUCAAGUUGACACUGUUACAUGGUAUAAGGUUCAAGGUCCUUGUUCUGGCGAGAAAGGAUUCGAAGCCAUAAACGAUAUUUGCCAUACUAUCGGCGAAUGGUACAUUAUCGUACUAGAACGCUACAAUAAUGGGUUAUCAGAUGAUAGAAAAUUCGAGAGCUUUUAUCAUUUGUAUGGUCAAGUAUCUAAAGUCGAAGAUAUUAGGAAAAGACUUGCUGAUGUACUUAGAAGUGAGGGAACGAGCUUACAAGAUUUAACUGUAUUUGUUCGAUAUAAAGCGCGUCGAAAUAAAAGAAUCCAUAAAGAUGAACUAAAGAGAACAACUGCAAAACAACUUUAUGAGCAGUGCAUAGAGCCCUCGGGUUAUCGCAGAUAG